CGGGGAGGAGGGAGGGAGGCAGGCCGGUGUUUUUCCACUCAUGCUGCUGCUGUCUGAUGGUCACCCGUUCUCAGAGACAAAGGUCAGAAAGAAAGAGCUUAUAAAUAAAAAUUUAACACCGAGAUUCUCAUUCACCGAGCGCGAGGCGGACAACACAACACAGCAGCACUGACACACAGGAAUAACUGCAGCACGAGCUCAGCAUGGCACAAAAAGAGAAGCUCCAAUGUCUGAAGGACUUCCACAAGGACACCCUGAAGCCGUCCCCGGGGAAGAGCCCCGGCACCCGGCCCGAGGACGAGGCCGAGGGGAAGCACCCGCAGCGGGAGAAGUGGGCCAGCAAGCUCGACUUUCUCCUGUCCGUGGCCGGAGGCUUCGUCGGUUUAGGGAACGUCUGGCGUUUCCCGUACCUCUGCUACAAGAACGGUGGAGGUGCUUUUCUCAUCCCAUACUUCAUUUUCCUGUUCGGCGGAGGCCUGCCGGUGUUUUUCCUGGAGGUAGCUCUUGGCCAGUUCACCUCUCAGGGGGGAAUCACCUGCUGGGAAAAACUUUGCCCCAUCUUUACUGGUAUCGGCUACGCUUCCAUCGUCAUCGUCUCCUUGCUGAACAUCUACUACAUCGUGAUCCUGGCCUGGGGUCUGUACUACCUGUUCCAGUGCUUCCAGCCGGAGCUUCCCUGGGCCAGCUGCAAUAAUCCCUGGAACACAGAGAACUGUGUGGAGGACACACUGCGCAGGAACAUGACCCUGUGGGGGGCGAACGCCACCAACUUCACUUCACCAGUCACAGAGUUCUGGGAACGAAACGUACUGAGUAUCUCUGACGGCAUUGAGAAGGUGGGUCCAGUAAAGUGGGAUCUGGCGCUGUGUCUCCUCGGGGUUUGGGUCAUCUGCUUCUUCUGCAUUUGGAAAGGUGUGAAGUCAACAGGAAAGGUCGUUUACAUCACGGCGACCUUUCCGUUUGUGAUGCUGAUUGUGCUCCUGGUGCGCGGCGUCACUCUUCCCGGUGCAGCCGAAGGCAUCAAGUUCUAUCUGUACCCGAACGUCACCCGUCUCGCUGAUCCUGAAGUGUGGAUUGAUGCCGGAACACAGAUUUUCUUUUCCUACGCCAUUUGUUUGGGAGCGAUGACGUCGCUGGGAAGCUACAACAAGUACAAGUACAACUGCUACAGGGACUGUUUGCUGCUGGGAGGCCUGAACAGCGCUACCAGUUUUGUGUCUGGCUUCGCAAUAUUUUCCGUCCUGGGCUUCAUGGCACAAGAGCAAGGGGUGGACAUUGCCGAUGUGGCAGAGUCAGGUCCCGGCCUGGCCUUCAUUGCUUAUCCUAAAGCUGUGACGAUGAUGCCACUGCCUACCUUCUGGGCCAUUCUCUUCUUCAUCAUGCUUCUGCUACUGGGUCUCGACAGUCAGUUUGUCGAAGUGGAAGGACAGAUCACAUCGCUGGUGGAUCUGUACCCAUCCUUCCUACGGAAGGGUUACCGUCGAGAAAUCUUUAUAGCUAUAGUAUGCUUUGUGAGCUACCUGUUGGGACUUACCAUGGUCACUGAGGGUGGCAUGUACGUGUUUCAACUCUUUGACUACUAUGCAGCCAGUGGUGUGUGCCUUUUGUGGGUUGCAUUCUUUGAAUGUAUUGCUGUAGCCUGGGUUUAUGGCGCUGAUAAUUUCUAUGAUGCAGUCGAGGACAUGAUUGGCUACAGACCAAAUCCCUGGAUGAAGUGGUGCUGGACUGUAAUCACGCCUUUACUUUGUGUGGGAUGCUUCAUCUUCUCCUUGGUCAAAUACAAGCCUCUGACAUACAACAAAAUCUACGAGUAUCCUGAUUGGUCCAUUGGAGUCGGCUGGACCCUCGCCCUCGCCUCCAUGAUUUGCAUACCGAUGGUGGUUGUGAUCAAGAUCAUCCAGUCUGACGGGCCUCUGAUUGAGAGGAUUAAGGCGGUGGCGGCUCCGGUGCGGGGCGGGGCGAGUUCCUGCCCCCCAGAGUACCGUCCCAAGAACACUGAGCUGGCACAUCCUCUGGACCCCAACGGGAACAACGGCUUGAUCAAGCCCACCCACACUAUAGUAGAAACCAUGAUGUGAGCGCUCUCUAUGAGAGAAUUCAAUAUGCUUUCCAUUUUAUAUAUAUAAAAAAUAUAUAUAUAUAUAAAAGGUAUAUAUAUGUAUAUGUAUAUAUAUAUAUAUAUAUAUAUAUAUAUAUAGUCGUAGGACCAGGUUUACAUAUCUCCGUAUCUGCACUAGAAGUCUAUUUUUUCUAGUUUUUUUUUUUUUUUACAGAGGAAAAAAAAGUUACAUUUGGUUUUUAUCUGUCUUUGCUUUUAAUAUAUUUUUAUCAUUAUAAUGUUGUUAUUAUGUUACUAUUAUGAAUAUUUUAUUAUUAUUGCUGUGAUUAGAGAGAAAAACAAAUCUCGAAUCACAAAACAAAAACAUUUUUGUUUCUUUCUUUUAUUCUUUUUUGUUUUUUUUUGUAAAUAAUAAUGUUUUUUAAGUGAUCUGUGUUUUUAAUGGAGUGGAUACGAAAGAAACAAGGCGACCCACGUUUAAAACAAAAAAAAGUAAUUUGUUAACAUUUGUUAAAAGUGUUUUUUUUUUUAUUUUAGUGUUUAAAAUAUAUUAAUAUACCCAAAAACAACUACGCCACUUUCACCCUCACGCACCAUUCAUACACUCACUCACACACACACACACACAGUAUUUCUGUUGUUUUUGUGGAUGUGACCUUUUGACCUUUGUGUUAUUAAAGACGUCCGUACAUCAUGUUGCUGUUCUCCGUUACGAAGUCGUGCUUUUAUAUAUUUCCUUCUUUUGUCGCGUUACGCCAAAAACAGAGAGUUUCAACUUUACUGGGCGUCUGAACUAAAAUCAUUACGCUAAAAACAAAGCGUUCGUCGCACCGAGGACACUACUGUUCACUAUUCCAGCGCAGAGCACCAUCGCUGCACCGAACACAAGCGAAAAAAAAAACAGUAAACCAGCAGCUUCACCGACUUUUAAAGCACAAGCGGUCACACUCAUCCCCACCAUCACUGUAUAGUUCUCAAAUCAGCUGCAGAAAGGAGCUGGAAGAACCACUAAAAGUAUGUGGUAACAGUUUACUGAAGGACAGAACUUUGUAAAAACUUCGUAAACCUCUUUUUUAAAAUUCUAACUACCAUAUUUUUCGCACUAUAAGAAGCGCUGGAUUAUAAGGCGCAUUUUAGGCAAUUUUAUUCAGCAAAAAUAACGUAAAGCUAAGCUACCUAAACAGAACUGUAAUUCCUAAAAAAAAAGAAUUCUUUUAAAGGUAAACCCUGGAUGUUAAAAGCGCUUUAUGUUAAUCUACACAGAUUUUUCUCCUAAAAACUUGGGUUUAUUUGAGUGAGUAAAGCGCUUCCAUUUAUUUACAGUAAGUUUAGAUUCCCAAAUUUCUCAAGCACUAAGGCUGGAGCAUUAGCGGCUAACUGCUAUUACGUAGCAGUUCGUCCCACUUGGCUUGUCUUAACACGAUAAACAUACAGGCUACAGUCUGAAGUCCCCUAUACUUCCCAAAGAAAGAGCUAGCGCAGCUAGCGGCUAAUGCUAAUGUUAAUGCUGCUCCAGUUUUAUAAAGUUUAUAAUCACACCAUCAUUAUAAACAAGUUUUAAACAAAAUUAUAAACAUUAUUAUCAAGUCAUCAGGUGUUGCAGUUUUUUGUUUUUAGCAAAAAAGUUGUUGAUUUGACAGUUUAUCUCUUUGUUUAACUUUUUAGAUUUUAAAGUUAAAUUUUUGUUUUUACAUUUUUUGCAGAUUUUAAAUAAACUAUCAAAGUUUCGUGUCGGCUUACGAAUUCUGCCCUUCAGUAAUUUUUUAUCAAAUAUAUUUCACUGCACGAAAUCUGAAAGUCCGAGAGACUCCGGGAGAUUGAUUAGAAUUGAUCUUUUAUAAAUAAAUAUAUAUUGAUUAGAAUUGAUAUAAACAGAUCCACUCCUUCCCGCCUUCAACACUCCUCAUAAUCAAACACGUUUUAAUCAAAAUCCACAAUGCAAAAAAUUUAUAAUUCAUAUUAACCAGCUUCAGCAGGAUGUAUAUCAGUUUCACACCGGCCUAUCGAUCUACUUGAUGUAUUAAAUUGAUUAUAAAUGAUUGAUUAAUAAUAAUUACAGGUUUAGGCUUGUAUUAAAGCAUUAGGCAGGUUCUGAUCCGGGAGUGUUGAAAUGUGAAAUUUUUAGAAAUUCCGCCCCUACGUUUUUAAAAGCUACACCCUUUCACAAUGAAAAAUUUCUAUAUAUAUAUAUAUAAAUACAAAAAUAUAUAUUUCUAUAGCGAUAUAUUUUUUUUAUUAUUGUGUCAAACAACGCGUUGUUUCAUUCUUUUGUUUUCACAUUUAUCACAUUUGCCUUUUGUAUUUAACAUACUAAGACUGUAUUUGACUUCUGUCUGCAAUUUAUCCAUUUUGGUUUUUAUUUGAUUUUUUUUUUCAUAGGACAGAAUUUCAUCUACAACUGUUAAUUGCAGGAUAAGCUUGCUGCAAAUUGUAAUGUGCAAUACUUUGUUAAACGAUAUUGUAGAGCAUUGUUCCUGUCUUUUAAAGAAAAAUGAUGGUACUUUUAAGAAUUAAAAUCAAGAACUAGGCACAUCAGGGGGCCAAAUUAUCACGUAUCAGGUUAAUCCACACCAUUAAACUCUGCACAUUUAAAAAUUAAGGUGCUACAAGGAUUUUUUUGGGGGUGAUGCCAUAGAGGAACCACUUUUGCUUCCAUAAAGAUCUAUUUUUGUAGUAAAAAUGCUUUUUUUAUGGAGACAGAUUGUUAUUUUUAUGGUAUCGCUCAAAAAAAGCUUUAUAGUGCCGUUAUUUUUACUGUAGCUUUCUAAAUUUAACUCACUGUGAGAACGUCCAGAAAUGACUGUUUUUGUAGUUUUUUUUUCAUGUGAAAUUAAAUAAAGAAAAGAAGGAAACUGUU